AUGGCGCAGCAUCAAGACCUCAAAAGAAAAGGAGGUGCUCCUGACCAUCAGGCAGCAAUAGAAAAUGCCCAGCCUCCACCUCUGAGUAUUGAAGUACCUAAAAUAAGAGAUCUUCCAAACAAGUCAAAACCAUGGAGUGAUGUCCAGCUUCCUGUUGACAUUCUCUUAUUGACAGUGGAAGACUGUGAGUUCUUGGCUUGUUAUACAUACUUGACAAAUGCCGUUAAAAGUUAUCAUGUGUACUUUGGGACAACAGGUGAAAGUGGAGAGGAAUCACUGAAAGUUGCUUUGAUGAGAUGUUCUAAAGGUUCUUCUGGUCCAAGUGGUUCUUUAGUUACUGUCAAAAAUGCAGUGGUGCAACUGGGACCCAAAGCUGUGUUUUCUAUUGGCUGCUGCAUUGGUUUAAACCAGAAAGGCACCAAAUUAGGGGAUGUGGUGGUAUCCUCUACACUAACAACUGAUGAAUUCACAGCCCCUGUAAGAAGGAAUAUUGCCAACCUGAUCAGAUUUUCAACUGAAGGAUGGAAUCCACCAUUAAAAGAUACAGCAGCAGGAGAACAAGUACAGGUACACCGUGACAGCAGCAUAUUGAGUGGCGUUAACGAGCCAGCCAUUCCCAAACAAUGCCGUAAGUCAGAGUCUCAUAUGAUUGCUUCUGAAAGGGAAGAAGAAGGUAAGAUAUUGUAUAAAUCACUGAUUUUAUAACAGUUAAUGUUGGGUCUAUGCAGUGUCCAGAAAUUGAAUUUUACUAAGUUGCAUAUCCAUUGUACCACAGUUCAUCAUUAUGGGAACAACAUGUGUUUGAACAUAUCGUAUUUACAUACAGCAGUGUUGUUAUUGUAGCCAUGUGUGACCAUGGCGUGUGACAUAAAACAGGCUGUCUUUCAAUAAUUACACAUAAUGUGAAAGAGUGUACAUAGCAGAUAACAAUAUAUGUUGGUGUAAUUGACAAUGGAUAAGAACAGAACAUUAAUAUACAUUAUGAACAACAAGGCUACAGAUUAAAAACAAUCGAUUCCAGUAUAUGAAAGUCUACCCCAUAAAGCUCUAGAUCAUAUUUAUUUUCACACUGCCUACCAUUUCUGCAUGACCAUGGGUUUUUGUUUUAUUGCGAGUAAAACACACACAAAAAAGAAAAAAAAUUACACAAAAUAAAUAAAUGAAAAAAAGAAAGAAAGAAAAAAACAAAUGGCAAACUUACACAUUUACAUGGUAAUACUAGAUUACAGCAGUGCUAAUUCCAUAUAUUACUGUACUUAGUAUGAUCUAUAACUAUUUUUUACUUUUUUUUUCUUUGCUUUCUUUGUGGUGACCAUGGGGUUGUUAUCAUGUCUACAAAUUCAGGGCUGUGCUCUAGCAGAGCCCGGUAGCCCCAGGCGCCUAACUUUUGCCCUCAGGCGACUAGCAAAACUCAGAUUUUUCAUACAAAUCAUAUGCUGGGCUAGAUUUUACAGUUUCAGAACACUGGGCUCCCUUCAAUUUUCCUUAGGGCACAGCCUUGAAAUUAAGAAAAGUUCAGUUAUUACUAUAGUGAACUUGUAUAUAAUGUCAAAGCAUUAAUUUCCAUGUUGAGAAACUAAGAAUAUUGAGUUAAAAUUCAGCUUUGUGUUUGUCAGGUUCAACCAUACACCUGAAAAAUCUCAUUUUGUGUGGUCUUUAUUUUUUUCUUUCCAUUUAUAGGACUGUUUGCUGCAGCCCAUGAUUUGAACCUUGAAUGGGUGAUUGUUAAAGGGAUAUCUCAUUUUUCUAAUGAUAGUAACACUCCUGAUGAGUCCUGGAAGUCAUUUGCGUCCAUCAUGGCAGCUUCUCUUGUGUCCAACAUGUUAAAUGAUCCAGUUGUUUUUAAAGAAUGGCCUCACUAUGAAGGUAUUUCACAUCUCUGUUCUGAUAUAUUAUUAAUAGUGACAAACUUUCUGUUCAGGUAAUUCUAUAAUUUUUGAUUUACUAACAUUUAAAAUGGUUCCAGUUUUAGUGAAAAAAGUUAUUUAAUACAUGGACUGCCACAACUUCUCUAAUGUAUAGUAUUGCUGGCCAGUACUUUAAUUGGAGGUACAUGUAAUGGCAUGCACAGUAGAAGAUAUACUGUUAUAUAGUCUUUCAACCCCUGCCUCCAGUUCUACUCCACACCUUGUGUAAGUUAAUGUUGACUGUGAGUGUAGCAAUGACAGUUGCCUUCCUAACAAUAUCUGAGGAACUUAUAAUUUCACGAAAAAUAAUUUUCCAAGUUUUCUGAAGCUUGUGCCUGAAAAUUUGCUAGAAGGAGAUAAAAAACAUGCACCAUAUUACUGACUUGACACAAACAUUGAAAUAAAAUUGUGUUAUAUUUCAACCCUGGAACCCGGAUUAUUUUGUCAGUCAAUUUAAUUGAGGGUGAGAUAUGUCCCAUAUACAGCUAUUUUGAGAAAGGUUGGCUUUUGAAGUUCAUGCAACAACCCCGAAAGGUAUUGUGGGUGGUUUUGAGUUCACUGUUUUUCAAAGAAAUUUGAAAGAAUGGCAGAAGAGGCCAUGGACAUUAAGUCUGCGAAUGCUAAAGGAAAGGAACAAAAGUAGAUUCGACAGGUACAGUGUCAGGAACAGUGUAUUGAGCAUAUCCUAGAUUGUCGUAUGCACAUUUUUUCUGACAACCUUUCUCAAAAUAGCUGUAUCAGCCCUGACAGUGCCGUUCCACAUUUCUCUUGUGAGCAGAGUUUGAAGUCUACACUCUUUGUGUUCAGGGGCAAAUGAGGAUUGAUAAUUUACAGUAUGUGCCAAGACAACAUUAGGCUUGUAGCGGCAGAAUUGGAAUGGGAAAAGAUCUUUUCUGUUUAAAGUUUGGCCUGUACAAUUAGUCAGGGAAAUGAAAAAUCACAGAAGGAAAAAUGACUUAUGAUAAGGAAUUAUCGGGAUCGGAUCUAGGAUAAAUGUUGACCAAUUUCCUAAAUGGGAACUGAAGGCAAAAGCUUCUAUGAAUUGCUGGAAGCAUACUCCUCUGAGAAAUUUUCUGGAUUUAAACUCCCCAAAGUCCCCUUUCCUGGGUUUCUGAGUAAUUCAGACAGCAUAUUGGCCAGUUCCAUGCUUCUCUCUUGAUGCAGGAGAGCGUGUCUAAUGCCAGUAAAUUGGAAAAAUAAAAUUUGUCCAAACCAUUUUCCAGUUACACAAGGCUGUGCUCUAAGGAAAAUUAAAGGGAGCCCAGUGCUCUGAAACUGUAAAAUCUAGGGUGCCCAGCAUAUGAUUUGUAUGAAAAAUCUGAGAUUUGCUAGUCGCCCGAGGGCAAAAGUUAGGCGGCAGGGACCACUGGGCUCUGCUAGAGCACAGCCCUGGUUACAACUUUUAAUUCGAAAGUUUUUUUUAAAUAGUUAUCAUGAAAAAUCUGACAGAUUUUUGUAAACUGGUGUGGAUCUGUGCCUGAUUCUAUUGUUUAAUGUUAACUGAGGUAUUCAGUUGCUGCUAGUGCACAUACUACAGGUCAGUGAUGGGUUGCUGAUGGCCAGCACAGUAAAUAUGUAACGAGAACAUAAAAACAGCUAACUUCAAAUAAAAUAUAUCUUACCAAAUAUUUUUUUCUGACAUUUCACAGACCUGUCAAUGAAGAAGCAGCCUGCAAGUCAGCCCAAAAAAAAGUUACCAGGUACCAUUCUAUGGAAUCAAUAAUACCUGAGGAAUAUUAAAUAACAGACUGAAGUUUGUAACACUGAUUAGACAAUUUUUUGAGGAUUGAAUGCUGAGAUUUCAUGAAUUUAUUAGUAAAUGCAAAAAUGUUGUAGUUUUAAUGCCUUAUUUAUGUGUACUGUAACAUAACUAGCAGAUGUUUAUCAACUAGUUGUGUUGUUUUCACCAUGCACAUGUUUAGCCCCCCAGCAGACGUUCUUAGGGCUUCGUAACCCAUGGGGUAUGUACGCAUAACAAAACCCUAAGAACAUCUGCACAGGAGGCUAGUGCAUUUUCUGUAGGUUGACUGUUCUGACUGUUUAAUAUGUUACUCAAGCCAAAAGCAUUUUAUUUAUAUAUUUUUGACUUAAGGAGGUUCUUUUUAUGUAAUUAAAACCUUUUAACAGAUUCUGUAUGCCUUGAGAAGUGCCAGAAACGUCUGAAAAUGAUUUAUAACGCAAAGAGCAAAGUCAGAAUCAUUCCAUGGGACCAAAGCUCUGCUGUUGAUAUUGAUGAGAUGUACACACAGUUGACUUGGCUUAAGGACCACAGGAAACCCAGUGGUGUGACACAAAACAAACUUGAAAGCUACACAGAGAUAUUCAACGGUGGAAAGCGUCUUUUGGUUUAUGGCAGGCCAGGUAUGCACUCUAAUGUUUUUUUUAUUUCGAACACUGUAUGCGGAAGAAUUUAAAAAGUACGAAGUGAGGUACUCAACGAAUGUUUAUAUGGGGAGCCUCCGCCCUGAGGUCCAAACCAUUAGCCUUUCAUGUACCAUUUUUCACGAAAAAGGUACCCCUUUCAUAUACCUUCUAUUGACAAAUGGUACCCCUUUCACAUACCUUGUUUGCGACUUUGGAUCCCUUUUAACUGCUGUAAAUGCACUGUCCUUUCAGUAGGAAUCAGUCACAAAAAUAGAAUGUUUUCUCGACUUUAUAAGCCAUAAAAUUCAUCUGUGAGCCCUUUUGGGCCCUUUUCACUGACCCAAAUGACAGAUUUCCCUACUCUUUAUUAAUAUACUUUGACUAGUGAAAUCCCUACCCUUUCAUAUACUUGAAGCCUGAAAAAGAUACCCCUUUCAGGCAGAGCCUCCCCGUAUAGGCCAUCUUAGGUAGUACCCCCCUCCCCCGGGAUAUUUCAAACGAUUCUUGUCUAACAUUCCUAGCAUCAUAAUCCUUCUUCAGUUGAGUGCAUUUUAAGACAUCUGAACAGAUAAAUAGUUUUAAGGGCUGCUCAAAAUUAAUCAACGAUUGUUCUCAAGCAUGGAGAAAACCAUUUGAUUCACUUCUGACCCACUUUGACACAUUCAGUCGUAUGGGUGAUCCUGCUCAAAUUCCCAUGGGCAAGAAUAUCAUUUCCUAGAGUCCAAAAAUAAAUACAUACUUAAUGGCACUCAUACCAUUUUCCACGGUCUGAAAAUAAACAAAUUCCAGUUCUUAUGCUUGUCAGGUACUGUUUCAUGAUUGAGUAUUUUUAAAAAGUUAGUAUUUGGUUAGUGCUAAUAAUCAUCUUUUAAACUGUAUUUUCAAUGAUUAUCAGGCUCAAAACUCUUGUUUCAGAAGUUAUUGUAUCUAUUAAUGUUUUUUAGAAGUACUUGAAUCAGAAAUUGUUUUUCUAACUGUUGUUCAUUUGUUGUUAUCCAGGUAUUGGUAAGACUGUUUUUACCAAGAAAGCCGCUUUUGACUGGUCCCAGCAGAGAUAUCAAGAAACGAUAGGAGCCUUUGAACUUGUCCUUCUGAUAAGAUUACGUGAUGUCUGUAAUCUCCAUGAUGUUCCAUCCAUUUUUAAGGCCUCUCAGCUGCUCGCCAAUGAUGGCAAAAUUUCUGUUGAUGAUCUGUACGGCUACGUUCUUAAUCAUCAAGAAAAAGUCUUGCUUAUCUUGGAUGGCUACGAUGAGUACAGUGCAACGCAUCAAUCGCCUGUUGAUGAAAUUUGGAAGAGAAAUCAACUGAGUGACUGUUGUGUUAUAAUCACCUCGAGACAAAUGACAACUGACAAGUUGAGAGAGCCCAGUGAUGCCCAAUUUGAGAUUAACGGAUUUGACGAUAAGCGCCAGAAAAAGUUUGCUCGAAGAUUUUUGAAAGAUGAAGAUGAUGUUCGAAAUUUCCGUAUCUACUUGAGGGAACAACACCUUAAAGACUUGGCGGAGAUUCCACUUCUUCUGCUAAUUUUGUGUCUACUCUGGAAAGAAAAAGAUCGCAAAGAACUACCCAAGAAACGCGUAGAAAUCUUCAAUCAGUUCGUUAAGACUUUGUUUCAUCACAUGCAUGGAAAACAGUCUGCUAAAUCGGAGUUUAACAUUGAGGAUUACUCAGAUGAAUUAUAUGCAUUAGGGCGCUUGGCCUUUGAAGCUCUCAUGGAUAAUUGUUUGUACUUUCCAAGAAGUGAAUUACCUAGCUACGAUCUGAUCGAGAGGUUGAUUGAAGUCGGCCUUUUUCAAGUUUUGAAUAUGUCAAGUUUGAAUCCUGAAAAAGGUGUGUAUUUCAUCCAUAAAUCCCUGCAAGAAUACCUUGGGGCAAGUUUCCUGAAAGAAGAGCUGAUAUCUAAAAAGAAUGAGAGUACAAAUUCCUUAUCAAAGUUGGACUCGGUUGAAAAGAUCCUCAAAAUGAAUGAAGUGUUAAAAUUUGCUAGUGAGCUGUCAGAAGAAGCCGCGCGCGAGAUUGUGAUUCAUCUGAUCAAAAUGGCGGUGAACGAAGAAGGACUAACGAAGUACACCUUCCACAGCGAAGCACCGUCAAAGGAGGAUUUUUCAGAAGACCAAAGAAAAUUUCUAACACUCUGUACACAGUUGUUUUUCUACUGUUCAGCUGAGACAAAAAGAAACCUCUUUCCUACAUUUCUUUCCUCUUUUAGAGGAGUUCUUUUAAUUGAAGCAGACCAGCUAAAUGAUCUUGUGAAGGAAAAGUUAGUUAAAACUACCGUAAACGUGAAUUACGUUUUUUUCCCUUAUAACAAAGAGUAUUCAGAGCAAGACUAUAGAAAUUUAACAAUUUUAUCUGAACAAUUAAACGCUGUCAUUGUAAGUUGUUCAGGAGAAAAGAAAGCAUCAGAAUUUUUAAGCAACUUAACGUGGUGUCCAGUUGGUGAAUUUUUCCUAAAGAAAGAAGAAAACAACGCUCACCUGUAUUUUACACAAAUUAGUACAGGUGGAUCCGGUUUUCUUGCUGAUGAUAUAAUAAAGGCAUUAAUAAGUAAACAAGAGACAACAGAGAAGACAAACAUGAAUAGUGAUGAGUCAAGUGAAGAGAGCAGCAGCAGUUGUUGUUCAAAGCGUCAUGGUCUCUCCAGGGUUCAGAGGAUUAAAGCUUGGAAAGUGAGCAGGUCAGAAGUGGAACAGCUGAUUGAGAUGAUGCCGUUUACCACCGCUCCAUACUGGAUAUGGGUGUGGGGUAAACGCGGUGAAGUGUUUGAUGCUGAGGUAACAGAGUCUCUGCUGAGGAGCAUCCCAAUAACACACAAACUGGAGGAAUUAACACUCCAUCGUAUCAAUGUAACACCAUCACCUGCUGUGGAGUUCAUCGACAGUUUAUUUAAAAAAGCUACAAACUUAAAGGUGCUCGACAUGUCAUACAAUCCUCUUCUAGGUGCAGGAGUAGACAGCUUGAUUAAACAUCUCAGCCGCGCUCCUCACCUGGAGACACUGGAGCUUCACAGAGUGAAGAUGACUCCACAGCAGGUGAAGGGUCUGUCAUCAGCCAUCAAGCAGCACGGCAACAUCACUGUACUGGAUUCAUCCUACCACGUAAGUUUUCCAAUUUUAUCGCAAUUUGUUUCUUUAUUCUUUGUUUACAGUUUAUUUCUACUCAGCUCUUGCCUUUCGCCAUUUUCCUUUCUUUGUUAUUUUUAUACUCGACAAAACACGAGAUUUACUUUUGAAAACAAAUCCCAGACUUUAGCAGAUUCAAAGUAUCGUUUGAAAUUCAUUUCUUUCAGUUGACCAAACUAAAUUCAAAACAAUGUUUUAACCGUGAAAUUUCUCUUCGAGUCUGGUUCAACUCGAUGUGAGCUCACUUAUAACAAAUACUGUGUUACAUAUAGAAAACAAAAAUUCCACAAUAUUAUAAACUUCGGAAUCAAUUUUAAUUCAUUACUUUUUAUAAAAUGAUGAACUGCAAGCAUAAAGUCAAAAUAUGUUCAGUUCAUGUUCAAUUCAAACAAAUAAUUUGCAAAGUAAGAGAAAGAAAGGUUAACUUACAGUUUCACUUUUAUGGCGAAGAUUUCCUAAAAUCAGUCAAACUCAAGAAAAGUUUGUUUGAGAGUCCAGAAAAUGAAGAAGUCUUUUCAGAGGUGUCCUUUUCUUUGAGUGUUCUUUGCGUGUCGUAAAUGCGUGUCUUUGCGUGUCGUAAAUGACCUUGCUCAGUUACGUUGGCUUUUUUAGAUAACUUUCCACAAAACAGAGAAUUCCUCAGGGACACUUUUGUUCAAAUGUAACGCCAUACAUUUUAUGUACAGGUAAUCACAUGAUUUCGAGUGCAAUUUGGAAUAAAUAAGCACGAGUAAAUUUUUUUAAAGGCUAUCAAAAUUACGGGCGAGUGCAAUUUGUGGUCUUUGAAAAAAUUUACGAGUGCUUAUUUAUUUCAAAUUGCAGGAGAAAAAUUAUGUGAUUACUUAUUAAUAAUAUUCAUGAAAAAAUUGCGAGAUAGCUUUAAAAUCUCUUUAAUAGGGAGUCAACCCGCGUAAACUACGUGCAAAAAUAAAUUGUUCAAAUGCUGCAAAUAUCAUCACACGUGCAGUCAAAACAACAUUUUGCUUGAUGUUUUUAAAGUUUGCGAGCUGCAGGAACGGGCUGAACAGUUCAUGGAAUUGUUCAAUGUGUUUGAAAGAAAGAUUCUGAGUUAUUACCUCGAGUUUUCCGCUCUUCCAGAGAAUUUCUUCUUCCUCCUCUGAUACUUGCCGAGCUUUGUUUGGGCGCUUACCACGGCCAGCCAAGCAAAGCUGUUUCGCUUUGUCCUCCAACACCUCUUUGGACGAACUAAAUUCUCGGUCACGUACAAUGGACAGGGUGCAGCCUUUGUUCUUUAAGUGUCUAUCAAGCGAUGCCUUCAUUACUUACUUCAUUACUUUCCUUACCUACGCACCAAUUCUUCCAAAAAGAGAGCCAAAAACCAGUGCUUUUCGCAGUGUUUUCGUUUUUAGAGCAGUUUUUCAGCGCCUCUACUAUACAGUACAGUUGUUUAGGUCGCAAAAGCUUUUGUGCGGUUUUUGCUCGAGACUGGUCCGGAGCGGAUCCAAAUUUUGCGCCAUUUAGAUGGCGCAUUUCAUUGGCUCUCAGUGAAAUCCUUUGUUUAUAAGCCAAUCAGAAUGUCACGUUUGUUACUCUUUUCUGCACUCAAUUACCUUUUUUCUGCACUGUGUUACCUAAAAACUGCAUUCCUCGUAGCCAAUCACAAUCGAGAAAUUUUUUCAUGUAUAUUAUUACGUAGGUAAUUGCACUCCACUAUGGUAUUAACUGUCUAUUUUUGUCGGCGACAUGUUUUUUACCAGCUUGACGACAAACACUAUGGCGUUAGCAAAUCCUGCGUCGCUUUGUUUCUUCAAUUGAUAAGUUUUUAUCCUGCUAGCCUCCACAAAUCCUUUGACAAAUUCUGCAAAUUCCACAGUAAAUAAGCCGAAUCUUUCUCUCACUGACGUUUUACGUUGUUUUCUAAUUCUUUUUAGUCCAUCGUAAGCAUUUUUGCGUUGAAUUUUUUCGUUGAAGAACAAACUCAACUUAAGUGACAACAAACUGCAAAGUCAACAAACUGUCAUUCAAAAUGGUGUGAGAGAAGGCUGGUGACGUGGUAACAGCUGAUUGGUUAAAUUUAAACACAUGAAAUGUUCCUGUCAAUCACGAUAUGCCACGUGUGGCAUUUUCCCGCCUUUUGUUUGCCAAAAAGCCAGCGUUCGCGCCUUCCUGCAUUUUUGUAUUUUUUGGUCGGUGCCUCUGACCCUAAAGUACCCUGGGUGCCAGAGGAUUUUUUUUCCUGUUGUUUGCGGCGAAAAUUGAGCGGCGAAGCAGCGAUCGUGACGAUCACGGCUUCGUCGCUCAAUUUUCGCUGCAAACAAUAAGAAAAAAAACCCUCUGGCACCAGUGUAACCCUAAACAUGGGUGCAAAAAAAAUCAGAAAUAUUAGAUUGGUAGAGGAAAUUGAAGGUCAACGAUUGAUUAGCUGUCUGUCCUCUUUUUAAAAUUUUGGGAGCCUACAUUGAUUAUUUGUUUCAGACGUAUUUUCUUCGGAUAAUUGAUAUGAAAAGAAAAGACCAAAAUAAACACUUAGAAUUGAAUAUAAAGGCAGCCAGGGCAUAUUUUGUUCCCCAUAUUAAAUAUCGCAUGUUAUCCAAUUAGGAUAAUUGGGAAGUUAAUUGGGAAGUCUAGGACGGUGACUGCGCGUGCUUGACAGAGGUAUCCGCUCAGUAUAGCCUGUGUAUAGCUGCUCUCUCCCCUCAGAAAAAUCGCCCCAUUCUCCGAUUUUUAUAUGGGAAUUAAAUUCUGGCAAUUUGAUAAGUUUCCACUUUACAGAGGGCGGCCGCUUAACACAGGGCUGCGUGAUAGAGAUUUGAAUGUAUUAGCCUUUUCAUGCUGUACAUGCGUUGCACUCACGCAGUCUGAACUUACUGAAAGUGAAGUUAUCACGUUUCUUUUGUUUACCCCCCUUGUUCACGUUUCAAUGAAAUUAAACCAUAAGUGCAACGUCAAAUCUUACAUUAAUUGUUUUUGUUGCAGACAGAAAAUGGCGAACCCCUCCCUGAAGAUAAGUGGCCAUCGGAGGACUACUGGAAAAAGCGGUACCCGGAACUAUUUCCUGAUUCAUCAUCUGAAUUAGAGGACGAACAGGAGCAGGUGGGUCAUAGACUCAGGGUCAAAACACCCAUAGUUUUGCCAUGGUUUUUUAAAAAAUCCAUUUCAGUUCACCUGUGUGAUUUGCUUUAAAAAAGUUAUACUAAAACUUCAUUGAUUGCACGUGCAAAUCUGUUCUUCUGUUGAUCGGACAUAUUCAAGGAAAACCGGGCUUUCCUUGAUCAUUGGACGUGUGAUUUAGCUUUCAAAUUAAGCGGCAUCGUCGUUUUGCUCGUCAGUGUAGCGGGUGUCAGUCGUUUAGUUUAGUAAGUUUAAAACACAAUGCGCAGCUGAGAUAUUUUGAGACUCGACCAUCUUGUCAGUUCUGCUUCAUCACCUCUUGUUCUCUUCUAUCACCUGUACAGAUUCUAGAAGAGACUCACCCCAGUGUUCACGGCUCACCAUUCUUGGCUCACGAUCCCGACACCGUAGGAACAUUCCCAGUGCCUCCCGAUCCUGCUGGUAAGGUUUCAACUUCAACUAUUUUUGAUUAGCUUUUUUGAACAGUUCGCAGCACCAAUGCGACGUUUUACACAAGUCCAUUACGGUCAAACCUCACUUAACUCUCAUCUCAUCUCAUUCAUGAUUGAAUGAACUCAUCAGGAGCGGGAGUGUUACUUGUGGGAUUCUAAUUUCUACCUCUUACUUUCUACAGCCGGUGUGGUUUUAGCGGAAGCUCCGACCCCUGCAGAGCAUGGAUCCAGCCACGGUCAGACAUCCUUCAGUGGGUACCUCCCUCCUCAUGUUGAUCCCCAGCAUCACUCCUUCCCUGAUAUCCACACCCAUUAUCCCAACACCCCGUCCACCAUCUUUACACCUGGAGGGUCCUGGAGAUAUCCCUACCCCAGUGGAUCUGGUCUGUCUACUGUUACACAGGGCGAGUCCCAUUUGGAAUGUUUGUCCGUUAAUGAGGUAAUGGAUCUGGAUUCAGAGAGCUUUUCUUUUAAACAUAAUUAAACAGUGGUUAGGAUUUGUCUUUACUAAGACUGUUUUUUGGUAACAAAGUUGUUGAUAGCCGGUUGAACUUAAAGUCCUUCGCUGUUCUGCAAGAGUUUUUCUUGUGACGAAGGCUUUAAGGAGACUUGUCAAACGGUAUUCAUCUUCAUUGAGGAUGUUUUAGUGAUGCCUCGCUUAUUUUCAGACAGGAUGAACGUAAGUUUAGAAUUUAAGGUUUGUUGAAGUGAAACUGUUCACUUCAUUUAAAAUAGAAGUUGUAAGCAAACACGAAGCCUGAAACACGAGAUCGGCCUAAAAACCACAUUGCUCUUACCAGGAUUCACCGUUCAAAGCUAAUGGUUGUGUUGUGAAGUAUUUUGAAAGUUAUUUUUAAGACGGAUCUAUCUUAACUUUUGAGUUUAGUUUUUGUUUCAUUAAGUAUUGUUUUUGUCCACGUACUGUUUUCCUGUUUUGAUCUUUUGUUUUUACUUGUACUUGAAGUUAUGCUUAGCUCGCGAAUCUACUUAUUGCCAUAUUAGGAAUGUUACAGGUGGUCGUGUUUGUGGUGUUAGAGCUGACCUUCGUUCUUUGGUAAUUAUCAGCUGCGGCUGUGCGUAAGCUAAUCUAUUCCCUGACAAUAGCAAACCCGUUGCAGUGUUAGCGAUAAGAAAUACAAUAGAAACUCUUCCGGUCAGCUAACCCAAACAUGUCCAGCUUUGGCUAUUAAAACCGUUACUAUACUUGAACUAGUGCAUAGAGAAAAGCAGGAAAAGUAGGGAGAAGUAGUGUAAGCAGAAGUUGUAAGAAGAUUAAGAAGAAUAAAGCAAGAUGUAAAUCAGAUUCCUGGUACCUCGUCGUGUAGCGAGCGAGUUGCUCGAACACACCUCCACAGUUGCUAGCCUCAAUGACAUCGAAAAUAGAUUUUUUGGAACUAGUAGUUUCCAUUGGAAAGUGAAGUGCUGCGAGUAGUAAAGCUAAUGCAGAAAGUUAAUUUACAUUUCAUUUACACUUAGUUGGCAUCACUUGCAGUUCAUUUCGAAUAUACAAUUCGGAUUAUUCAUGUGUGAAACUAAUGGAGUCAAAUAUGGCGAGGGAAUUUUCGCAACUUUUCAUGUAACGCAAUAGUAGCCUGUCGGAAAUGUGCAUGUUACGCAAUAGCAGCCUGCGAAUACAGCUCUCUCUCCUUGCUCCCCGUCGCUAGGGACGUUUCCCCAGGAGGGACGUUUUGCGGCAAGGAGCGAGACUGAUGACCAUGAUAACGUUCAGAGCAUGUGAGUGAAAGACUGAAUCCGCCAUCAGGUUCAAUACUGAACUCGUUCAUUUGAUACGCUUCGCGUAAUCACUGGUUAAAUUCGCCUUAGAUCUUCGUUUCUAUCGUGUUUAAAACUUUUAACUAGUAAGGGUUGAUUUCCAGUGUCGCGUAAUUUUAACGUACGUACGUGCCGAAAAUUUACGUUCGCAAAUAAAAUGGAGGCAAUGCAUGGAGGACCACUCGUAAGCGUGAAAGUUCAACCUCGCUCAACGUCUCGUUUAAGCUCAGCACUUUUUAUCUUGCCUGUAUUUUAUUUACGUGAUUAAAAUUUACAUGCGUUAACGUGCGUAGCCAAAAACGCGUCAGUGAAAAUCAACCAUUUUCACUAUCGCGCAAUUUUUUUCCUGCAAACGCAGAGGCUCAACUUUCACGUUUACGCGUGACCUUUCAUACAUUGCCUCUAUUUUAUUUACGCGCGCAAAAAUUUACGUGCGUUCGCACGUAAAAAUUACGCGACAGUGGAAAUCCACCAUAAGGGAGAAAAACAUCGCCACCUUUCCAGAAAAGCUUUUUCUAGUUAGGAGCUUAAAAUAACUGCAGCGUUUGAAAAAAUACAACAAAGCCUAAAUAAACAGUUAAGCCAAAACACUGAAUUUAGUAUUUACUGUAGAGUUCCAGGAAUUGCUUCAGAUAUAUCUGAAUAUAUUCUGAGAAACGCAUCGCUUCGCUCGCGAAAACGUUACUUUUUGCACAGAACAGGAUUUCUCCGCUUUAAAUUUUUACAUCUCACUUUAACGACGGUUGAGUGUUUUAUAUGAUACAGUAUUUACUUUUCCCUGGCAACGAUAAAAAGAGCGUUUUCUUUCCAAAUCGAUUGGCUGCGACCAAAAGGUCCUCGAUUCGAGGGCCACGAUAUCGAGGCAAAUUCGGUGAUAUAUGUGCUUACUUACAAACUUACAAACAUAUUCUCAAAAGAGGCCCGCUUCGGGCACAGACAGUCACGUCCUCAGCCUGAAUUAGUGGGCUUCGCAGCAAUAAUCUUAUUGUGGUAUGACAAGCCAGAAGCGUAUUUUGCGAAGGAGGGUAUAGAUGCACAUAGAAAUAAGGAUUGUUGAAAAUAAUAAUACUACACUUCACUGGGUUAUCCUAGAAUCGCUGUACACAAUAAUGAUCGAGCCAAUCAACUGAAGAUCAACAUAGAUGUGACUUGGUUUGUGAUUUGUUACAGGAUUCCCAAGGGAACCCCAAAUCUGAACAUGAAUGGCAAUCAGAGCCUGACCUUAUUCCUGAUUCAUCAUCCGAAUCAGAGAUGGAACAACAGCAGGUGGGUUAUCAACUUUUACUAAAGUAAAGAAAAUCAUUCCUUUCAAUUUCAUUCUGUUGAAGCGUAAAGUGUUGUUCUUCGGUGGCAUUUCAGAGGUGUUACGAAUACUUGCCAUUAGGCGCAACUCGGGGCAUGGGAACUAAUAUCACUCAAUAAUUAACAAUUAUACUACCUCCUCGUAGACUUUCUUGGAAACUUUGGCCUAUUUCUUGGCACAGUUUAGGAUAUAAAACAGAUGUUUUUUCCGUGCAGAUACUCCUCAAACAAUAGAUAUCACCCAUCGAGCAAUACGUUUUGCGUAUUCUUGGAUUUCCUUCGUUCAAUUUUAGUCAGAAAUUCAACUACUUCGUCGUCGAUAGCCGUGAACUCCAUUUUUUUUAGUCCACUAUUGCCCAAGCAGACUUCCAGGCAAAUAUACCAUUGAUCAGCCUCGUUUCCAAGCAAAUAUGCCAUUGAUUCGAUGGUAUAUUGCUUGCAUCUUCCAAAAAAUGGGAAGCGCCAGUUGGUUGUGAAGAAUUAGCCGGGGGAUUGGAGCCAAUCAGAAACGGCGAAAUAAUUUGCCUGAAUAAUAGAUGUUGCGGUCAAACCGGGAAAAACCGUGAACACCAGAAAUAUUUCUGGAAUAUAAUUGUGUUGCAAGAAAAAAGCCAAUCAGGCGUGAGAAAACUAAACCGCGAACAACAACGUUUACAAGUUUGUGUUUUUAUGGCUGGUCGCGUGUCUUGAUCUUUGCUGUGAUUGGUCGUGAUACAAUAAACAUGCCUGAAAUAUUUCAAGUGUUACGGUUUCGCCGCUUUCACUGUAACGACAAGUCUGGAUUUCAUGUCCGCGCUUGUACCGACCAUCCUCGGAGACCCAAGGGCAGUCAGUUGGGUCGAGAGAAAAGGCGCGACGAAAGUUUUCCCGAGGAUGGUACCAACAAGUCAGCUUUCCUAAUACCAACAUUAUGUAUAUACUGACAAAUAACAUUUCAAAGCUCUUCUGUUUUUAACCACAACUACAAUUUUUAUUGUGCUAGGGACAAUUUUGGCGCAUCGGCUGAUUUUAAAAGGGACAAAUUGUCACGCAAGCGCAAGACGUAUUUAGUAAAUCAAUAGCGGCUUUAUGUAAAUCGCUACUAGUAGUACGGCGACCGGAAGUUCCUAUUUGCUUGAUCAUCCAUGUCAAAAUUCCAUCAUCUUUUGGUUUCUUUUCUACCACUCGCACAGAUUACGGAAAGUAUUCUCCCCGGUCUACUCGACGCACCAUGGUUGAAACACGAUCCAGACACCACAGGAACAUAGCCUGUUCCCCCUUAUUCUGCUGGUAAGUUUUCCAACUUCCCUGUUGUUGAUUGGCUAUCAGCACUAGUACAACGUGUUACACAAGCCCAUUGCGGUGAAAUAUCACUUUAGUUCAUGUGAUUUCAUUCAUGAUUGAAUAAAAUCGGAGUAGGAGUUUGUAAAACACUGUUCGUUCAGAGUCUUGAAAUCUUGAAAAAGUCUUUUAAUUUGCAAAGUAAUUUUCCAGACCUGGAAAAUAGAGGUAGAGGCACUCAGUCUGGAAAAAUCAGGAUUGAAAUUGUUUACAAGGUGGAGUCAGCGGAGUAAAAAACUUUAGCUCGCUUCUUUUAGCCGAUCAAAAGCGGGAAAAUAGAAGAGAUCCAAAAAUACUGAUUACCAACUAAAUGGAUAAAAUGGCUCAUAUAUUCCUGAUAUACCGCCACAUUUAUCAUGACUUUGACUUACAUUCAUAAAAUGGUGCCAAACGGUUGACAUCUGUCAAUCAGUAGGAUACAAAAUGGCUUCCCAAUAGCUUGACUAUUUAUUUUUAACCCUUUAAACCCUAAGAUCAAAAUUUGCAUUCUCAUUUGUUGUCCCUACUCAUUUCCUACAGAAGUAGUGGGGAGAAGUUGAUAAAAUAUCAAGCAAAUUCAUACUUGUGUUAUCAUGUCCAUAAUUCUCAUGACCACUCUGUUUCACAAAGCAUUGAUAUUACAAGGAGAAAUUUGAUGCUGAUCACUCUUAGGGCUUAAAGGGUUAAAGGAACCUUUUUCGCGCUUUUGACAACAACACAGUCCAACUGCAUAAAAAGUACCAUUUUGCACUUUUGAUAGGAACGUUUCUAACCGCAAAAGGUACCUUUUUAGCGAUUUUGAUGAGAUCGCUUGCAACCGAAAAAAAGGUACCGUAUUUACUCGAAUGAUAACCGGGGGCGAUUAUUAUUUUUUUUCGCACAAAAUACUGAUAGUUCCUCUUCGAGAGGAUCAAUAAUGGAGAUCUUGAUGAAAACUUUUAACUUUAUUUCUGUGGGAAGAGGCUUUUUUUAUGCAUUUUAAUCAAACGCGACUUGAGUUGUAGCGUGAGGCUUGCCCGAAAAAUGACAUUCAGUAAAAACCUCAGCGCUGAUACUUGCCACAAAUGAUGUUACCAGUCAGUGUGGCAUAACAUUUACUUUGACCUGGUUCGGGGACUGAGAUUCUCCCUCUUUGUGAUCUAGUAUUCACUGACUAAAUAAACAGUUCAUCUUUGCGGAUUGAUCGUUUCGCUUAUCAUCUCUUGUUCUCUUUUAUCGCUGCACAGACUCUGGUGGAGACUCGCCUCAGUGUUCACGGCUCACCAUUCCCUCCUCAUGAUCCCGACACAACAGGACCCGGAUUCCCAGUGCCUCCCGAUCCUGCUCGUAAGGUUUCAACUUCCUUGAUUUUGAUUGAGUUUUUUAAAACGAUCUGAGCACCAAUUCAACGUUUUAUACGAGUCCGUUGCAGUCAAACGUCACUUCAGUGAAAGUUAAAAGUGGCCAACGUCCAAAUUCGACAAAAUGUCCGAAUUUUAGUUUUUAAAGUGCUGAAAAAAUUAGUACCGUGUGAAAGUACUGCUAAAGAGGUUUCAUUUGAAUGAUCACACAAGAGCGUGAUUUCUUUCACUGACUUUUUAAGACUAAGGUGCAUUAAAAAUUAGCGUACAUGAUGACCAUAAGUCUGAAAUCCGUUGUUAUUUCUGUACCAUCAUAUUACUUGUGGGAUUCUAAUUUCUAUACUUUUCUCUCUACAGCCCGUUUGGUUUUAGCGAUAGCUCCUACUCCUCCAGCGCAUAGUUCCAGCCGCAGAACCUGUUGCACCCUUCUGUGAAAACCCCUUUCAUCACAUGCAGUAUCCAUACCAUUAAUCCUCUUCUGAUAUGCGCACCCAUUAUUACGGCACCCUGUCCACCAUCCUUACGCUUGGAGGAUCCUUGAGAAGUGAUCUGUAUUUUACCAGUGGUUCUGGUCUGUCAGCAGUUACACAGGACGAGCCGAAACUCGAAUGUUUGUCCCUUGAUGAGGUAAUAAUGGGGGAUUCAGAAUGCCUGUCUUGGAUAUUGUUAUUACACAGUAUUUAGAUUCAUCUUACCAGGGAUGUCUUGGGCAGCGCCCAGGCACGGUGCCAGAGUACGGUACUUGCUGGGCACUGAUGUGAACACACCCUUUUUUCAAGUACCCACGGCAGAAUUUGGGCACCGGGUCCGUACGUGUACAGUGUUUUUGUUUAGUUCCGGGGCAAUCCACUGCUUUGUACUCCCUGCUAUGCUCAAGUUUCAAAGUGGCGUCUGACAANUGAAAGGAAAGUUUAUAAGACGCAGCUAUGUUUGGCUGCGAGAGCUCAACAUCAAAUACUUUUUCUCUGUUGUUCCCUACAACAACAACAACAACAACUUUUAUUCAGAGUCCGAGGUGGAAGUGUUCGUUGGUGAGGUAUUGAAAGGAGUAAUGAAGGCAGAUUCUCAAAGCUUUUCUUGGACAUUCGUUUUUAAAACAGUGUUUAGGAACCGUCUUAUUUAAGGGAUACCCUAUACUAAAAAGCAAGAUAGUAUUUGCAUUUUAUAAUGGGAAACUGACAAAACUGAGAGCUGAUGAGAAAACGUAAAAGCCGAAGAUGUCUUAUUAAGGAUUUCUUUGUAAACAAGUCAUUUUCUCGGGACAAACUUUUUGAGGAAAUUUUUCGUUCUCUUUUUUAACAUGCAGAGAUUCUUGCGGAGUUCCAGUGGGACACUCGGCCCAGUACUCAGGAUGCGCCGUUACACGACCUCAGUGGAGCCGUUGGACCAGUUCCAGUUCCUCUCGAUCCUGCUGGUAAGGUUUUUACUUACCUUUUCUCAUCCGUAGUACAACUAAAACAAAAUAAUUUCAUUGGCUUGUAACGCAGUGACUGAAUUAAUCAGUGAUGUGAGAAUACGAAAAAAUUCCGCGUAGUGCUUUCGUUUUUCAUUUGAUUAUCUAAUUCUUGACACAGUUAUCAAAAAAAUCAGGUCCCACUUUUUCAAUAGUUAUAGACGCUUCCAUAUCCAGUGGCUACGUGUCAGGAAAGCCAAUGGCGUUAUCCAUUGGCUGGUUAUUUGAUCUGAUUUAUUCAGUGGAUAGCACUGUCCAGCUGUUAAAAUACUGGGCGCUGAAGGUCUGUUGAAGAUCGAAAAAAUACUCCUCGUAAGACAACUCUCUCAUAGUCUGCCUUCUAUAAUCUCCCAAGUGGACAUUUUCCAUGUCGAAUUCAGUGGGUUUUGCUUUAAUUUCCAGUUCAGGCUUCCCCGUCACUCGCCAUCUUUUCUGUAUAUUUCCUCUCAAUUCUACAAACUUUAGCGUGGCAAAAACAAAUAACUCAAAUCAAACUGAAUAACGUCAAGAGAUCACGAGAAAUGUUCUUAAAGACCAUGUGCCGGUUAUGAAAACAAAUUUUAGACGGCGUUUAACGAAACCGCCUUCUAAGUCUUUUUUUCUUCUUUUAAUUGCAAUGUGCAUGCCCUUCUCCGACCUGAUAUCUAAACAUUGUUUGGUGUCAAUAGGGUAAGAAAACUAUGUAUCUAUUUAAAAAUAUUGGGGGUCACCGUCUCUUAAACUAGCGCUGUAAGUUAACCUGUUUUAAUAACAAUCGCUUUUUAUCAUCGUACUACUUGUGGGAAUCGUAAUUCUCUCCUUUUUUCACUACAGCUGAUCCGAUGUUGACAGGAGCGUCUAUUACUACAGCACAUGGAACGAUCAUGGUCAGGCACCUGUUGAACCCUUCAGUGAAAACCACGUUCACAUUCAGUAUCCCCAGCAUUACUCCUCCCCUGUUAUCCAAUCCCAUCAUCACAGUACCCCGUCCUCCAUCUUUAUAUUUGGAAUAUCC